AUGUCGCUCCUUUCAAGUCACAAGACCUCUGACUCCGGCCUGGUCAUCAACCUCCACCCUCUCGUCCUACUCACCAUCUCCGACUACAUAACCCGACACACUUUACGAAGGCAAACGCAACCGGUUGUUGGAGCUUUAUUGGGGCAGCUAAGUGGUCGAUCUAUCAGUCUGGAACAGGCAUACGAUGUUCAAGUCGUUCAAAGUGAUAACGGGCAAUGGGUGCUCCAUGAUGCUUUCUUCAAAGAUCGACUACAACAAUACAAAGACGUACACCAAGCUCCAGCUUUAGAGCUCGUUGGAUGGUUUACCACCUCGUCCGCCACAGGCCCGGAGGCGCAUCUUGCAUCGAUACACGAGCAUUUGCUGCAAAAUUACAAUGAGACAGCUGUGCUCCUUACACUUCAUCCUGCCAGUAUACCUGGAGGUCAGACUGCGGGCGGAAAGCUGCCUUUAACCAUUUAUGAGAGCGUUUAUGAGAGCACGGGAGAUGGCGAUCAUUCAAUGGAGACGGGCGAGAAAGAGGGUGGGCUUGAAUUGCGAUUCAGGGAACUCCCAUACUCAAUAGAGACUGGUGAGGCGGAGAUGAUUGGCAUCGAUUCUGUCGCAAGAGGCGGAGGCAAUGCUACGGCAUCGGAUUCGUCGGCUAAGAAAGAGAAGAAGCCGGACGCAAACCAGUCGAGUGAGGGAAAGGCAGCUGAAAAAGGUGUCAAAGGCAAGAAGGAGCAAGAGGUGCUAGAGGACUCGAGCUUGUUGUCUGCUGAAGAUGAAGAGCUCAUUUCAUCGCUGACAGCCCGCGCAAACGCCAUCAAGAUGCUGCAUACGCGGAUCAAGCUCAUCAAAGACUACCUGACAUCAAUGCCUCCGUCUUAUCUCACCACCUCAUCAGAUACUUCGAAGGGUCAACUUGAGUCGGAGGCUGAAAUCGACUACCCACUACUCCGAUCUAUUAAAUCCUUGGUUUCCCGUCUACCCCUCCUCUUGCCUUCCAGCGAUUUUUCCAGCUUCAAACAUGAGACCCUAGCUGAGAAGUCUGAUGUCGAGCUCGUCUCUUUAUUGGGUUGUUUGGGAAGAAGCGUCAAGGACGCUCGAGAGCUUGGACGGAAAUUCGCAUUGAUAGAAGAGGGGAGAAAAUCGGCGAAGAAGUUGGAUCUUGGGUAUGGGAGGCUGAAUGAGUUAGGCUCGGACGAAGGCCCAGAAAAUGGCGGUUUGAGGAGUGGAAAUGCCAUGUCCAUCUCAUCAAUGCUGAAGGACUGA